UUGAUCAUACAAUAAAAUUUAAAAAAAUAUCGAUUAAUUUACUAAUCACUAUUGAAAAACAUCCAUAUCAUGAAUAUUAUCUUAGACAAUCGACUUGUAUUUGGUGAUUUUUUUUAAUCAUUAUAUUUCUAUUAACAAGCAAACUGAAUACGAUACUCGAAAUCAACAUUGAAAAUUGAAUUACAGAAAGUAUUGUUUUAUGUAAAGAUAAAAUCUUUUUGUAGAAUAGUAUAUCGCAAGAACUGAAUGAGAGUAUUUCAAAAAAAUGUUAAGAUGAACUAUAGCUGCUAUUUUGACAGAAUUAUUCUCAGAUAAAAAAAUACAUGAAACAACUCAAUUUUUAUGUUCAUUUUCAAUAUUAUCUUCAUUUUAAUAGUACACAUAAAUAGAAUGUUUAAAAUCGCUAAAAUACGAGUCUACUAUUAUCAUGUUAUCCAUAAUAUCGACAGUUUUUUUCAAAAAACAUGUCUUCACUAGUCAAUAGAAUUUUCCAAACUCUAUCAAAUAAUGUAUAAAACGAUAUUUUUAAUUGAUUCUAAUAUUAGAAUAAUUAAUUUUUUUUCCACUAGACGUUCAAUAAUUAUGUAGCAUGCAUUAUGAUUUAUUAAUAAUAAAAUAGUAUAAAAGCAAGUCAUCUUUAAUAUAAUUUUUUGUAUGACAUGAUAUCUAAAAAUAAUUCUCUAGAGAACUACACUAAAAUCAACUAACUCUAACAUUCAUUUGAUACACCAGAAAGAAUUUGUAAAAUGUUCUCCGACAUAAAAUAUUUAAUUAAUUUUAAACUUAAUUAAUAAUUCAUAAAAUUAGUUAACCGGAUUUUUUUUAUUCCGUACACAUAUCAUUGAGGAUAUCCUCUAUAGACAGACAAAGGUUCAUGUUAGGUUAAUGUAACUACCCUUUUCCUCCGUUCUCUCCUAAAUUUCAAAGUAAAUAUGAUAUUUAGUUUGUAUACGGUUGUUUUUUUCUUAAGAUAUCAUUGAUAAUACAAUUGAAGAGAUAAUUGAGAAACGUGGCAUAGUAUUCGCCAACCUAUCAACAUGUUUUAGUGCCAUGACAUGUUUCAACAGAACAAUAAUUAUAAAUAAAAAUAUUAUACUAUUAGAAUUAAUUGAUGAUGCAAAAAAUUUGAAGGAUAAUUUAAUUAUGUUUGGAGCAUUAUUAGUGAUUAUGUUACAUGAAUUUUUUCAUGUUUUACGUUGUACAACAAUAGAACAUGCAUUCAAUCCAUUUUAUGAACGAACACCACCUCGAAAAAUUCCAUCACGUCACAAUAUAGAAAUGGCUGAAGGUGGUAAACAAUUAGAAGAUUGUUUAUUUGGUAUUGUAUGCGAAAGUGUUGGUUAUCUCGAUGGAGAAUUUUUAUUAAAUUCUCAAAAUUGGAUUAAUCAUGAUCAUGAAGAAUUUAAAGAAAAAUUUAAUGAUGCAAGAACACGUGAUUUACAAGAAAAUAAAAAACAUAAUCGAUGGAUUAUACCAUGUAAAUCUCAUAUAAUUCAUGAUGAUACGGAAACGCACGUUCCAACAACAACAACAACAACAUCUUCAAAACGAUGGACAAUACCUGGAUGUGCAUUGUCAACACCGUUCUCUCGCAUUGAACAAUAG